GAAGUUUCUUUUCCAUCGGUUCUUGCACUUUCCUCGGAAAGUGUCUGGCACGUUACUUACAGUUGUUUGGCGCUCGUUUUUGGCGUUCGUUUUUGGCGUUAGAUUCUCUCUCUCUCUCUCUCUCUCUCGUGCCACCCACGACACAAAUCCCAGAAAAGACCUGACCUUUACAGUUUAAGUUGUCUCUGGAAGUUUCGGCCUUUUCUGGUUUGACUUGCAGCAGACCUCUUGAUUUCGUGUGAAACUUGUGCUUCAUAAUUGAAGUCAAUAAAAGGAAAGGCGAAUGCUAUUAGAAUCAUGCAGCUGUAUCAUCACCCAUAUUCAAUGGACAGCCAAAAGGUAAGGCUGGCUUUGGAAGAGAAAGGCAUUGAUUACACAUCCUUCCAUGUGAAUCCGGUAACAGGCAAAAAUUUGAGGCCUUCGUUCUUCAGAAGGAACCCGACUGCAAAACUCCCUGUUUUCCAGAAUGGUUCGCAUGUCAUCAUUGAUACUAUUGAAAUCAUUCAGUAUAUAGAGAGAAUUGCAGUUGUCUCUGUUGGUAGCAAUAGCAUUGCCUUCAGCAGUGACGAAGUCAUUCAGUGGAUGCAUAAAAUACAGGAGUGGAAUCCAAAGUUUUUCACAUUAUCCCACGUCCCCGAGAAGUAUCUGCAAGCAGUGUCCAAGUUUUUGAGGAGGGUCUUGAUUGCUCGGAUGGCCGAGUCGCCUGACCUGGCAAGUUCCUACCACCGCAAGCUAAAAGAGGCGUAUGACAACGAAGAGAAGCUGAGAGACCCAGAUGUUGUAAGGCGGAGCAAGGAACAUCUAAUCAAACUUCUCAAUGAAAUCGAGGACAAGUUGAGUGAGACGUCUUAUAUUGCAGGGGAAGAGUUUAGCAUGGCAGACGUGAUGUUCAUGCCUGUGCUAGCUCGUUUGGCGCUCUUAAAUUUGGAAGACGAGUAUAUAAACAGCAGGCCAAACAUGGCAGAAUACUGGAGUUGGGUUCAGCAAAGGCCUUCCUACAAAAAAGUGAUAGGAAGAUACUUUGGUGGCUGGAGGAAGUACAAGACCCUGGCUAAGACUUGGUGCUUCAUACGGCUCAGUAGCACGCUGAAGAAGUAUUAACUUCUCGACGCUGUAGGAAGAUCUCGUAACUGUAAAUGGGGGUGGGGAAAGUUAUAGUUGUGGAUAAUCUUUUGGCAAAACUUACCUUUCAAAUAGGUUCUGUACUGUUUCCCUGUAUAAUUGUAAGCGGCCGUUUUCUUUGUGUUGAAAGAGCAGGCAGUUGAAAUUUUUCAUUGGCUGGACUGCUUUCUCUUCUGAAUUCCCUUUGAGGUUGAAAUAUAUAUGUAGAAACGAGCAUGUUAUGAAUAUAAGAAAUUGUAAAGGUUCGACUUUUUUU